AUGGCAAGUUCUCAAAUUUUUCUCACCGCCGCCAUCCUGCUAUUUCUUCUGUCGGUGAUUGUUUCGCCGAUAUCAUGUGAAACGCCGAUCAUUCAUAAACCCGAGUUCUCCUUAAACAUUCAAAAGGCGUGCCAUCUCGAAGGAGUACAUGCAAACUCGCCGGAAUGGUUAGAACAUGGAGUCCAAUAUUUUCCUCAUUUUUCGACUCACAAGGGCGCCCCUUUGUUUCUAUUGGUUAGCGCCAUUGGAUACGUCAUUCCAAAACUCUUCAUUGUUAUUAUAAUGAAAACAAAUGCGUUUCCCCUUGUAUACAUUUGUGGUACAGCUUAUCUCAUCGGAUGGAAAAAGAAGGAAGAGCGAAAAGUAGAAUUGCGCGAGAUUGCUUCAACUCUAAGAUCAAGACUAGGAAGCAAACGAUUAUUUGGAAGAUUUACGUCGUAUUACUUUAUUAGCAAAUUAGGAUAUUUGUUGAAUUGCUUGAUCCAAAUCGUCGCGCUUCCUCAUUUUCUCGAAGUCGAUUUCAUUUCAUAUUGGUCAUACAUGCUCGGUCGUCCAUUUUCUUUCAUCAACGUUGAUAAACCACCAAUUUUUCCUUCUAACGGAACUUGUUGGAUCGAAACUACAGAAUAUCUGAAAUUGUCCAAAGAUGUUCCAUCCGAGCAUGUUAUGUGCAAGUUGUUCAUCAACGCAGCUAACGAGUUCAUUUUGACCGUGAUUGGAUAUUAUCUUGUCAUCAUCACAAUUCUUACGGCCAUAGGAAGCAUCAAAUGUUUCAUUGAAUUGCAAAACACUGUCACAUUAACUAAAAAUGUUCUCCUUGCUGAACUCGAUCCGGAAGAAAGACCUCUCCAGACAAUGGCAGCGUUUCUAGAAAGUCUUCGCUAUGAUGGUUAUGUUGCGUUGUAUCUCAUCGGCAAUCACAACAUUUAUAUUGAGAAAGAAUUGAUCUUGCAGCUUUUUGCUGAUUUCAUCGAAACCCACGUUGAUACUCCUCAGCUAUCGAUGUCGGAGUUUGCACCAAAUGCUGCUGACUUUGAGCGAGUCAAAGACAUCGAAAACGACCUGGAUGAAUUGCAUUAUAAAGUAAUCGAGUUCAAAUAUUUUGGCAAUUUCAACUUCGAACAAACUGACAUCUUCCUCGAUCUUGAGCAACUCUACAUCAACACAAAACGAAGCAUUCUUUAUUUUCCCAAUUUGGAUGACGUUGAUCAGGAAAUUGCUAUUUAUGAGAAUGCAUUCGACUACAUCGAGGCUCUUUUUGAAGACAUUAAAUCAGUCGAAUGCGAUGAUGAAACAAUGAAUUAUUGA